CCGGCUACCCGACUUCUCAGGCCUUGAACUUCAAAGCGCUCGGCGCGCACCCACGAAGUCACCCAGGUCGGAAUUCAGAGCUGGCAGGGCACGCGGAUCCGUGCCCGGAGUCGUGGGGUUUCCAGGCAAACUUCCAGGCAGGUGAGGAGCCGUUCAGUUCAGAUCACCCUCCCCGCUUCCUGGCAGAAGAAGAAAACAGCCUGUGAUUCGCUGGAAAGUUUUCUGCCAAGCUGAGAACGCGCCACUUACGGGGACACUCCCGAGCUAGACUAGGGCUCGAAGUGGCGAUCCGGAGGGCGUCCGGGACACCAGAGAGUGUGGGAACUGGCCAAAAGCAUGAACUGAGAAGCUGGGAAAACUUCGCUUCCUUCCUCCUUCCCUCCUCCACCCAUCAUUAGGCUGGGCGGCCGGGAAUCGCGGGAGCGGCGGCCUGCGCGCACAGGAAGGGCUGCUCCAUCCACCCUGGAUGCCCGGCCUUUGAAGAGAGCCAUCACCGCUUGAGAGUCUACGAAGGAUCUUUCACCGUGACACGGGACAGUUUCUUCGUAGUGUCCGUUGGCAUUCCUGCUUUUUAAUUUAUUUCCUCUCUUUGAGCCGGGUCUUGGCCCUGUGCCGCGGCCAUGAUGGCCCAGUCCAAGGCCAACGGCUCACACUACGCACUGACGGCCAUCGGCCUGGGGAUGCUGGUCCUUGGGGUCAUCAUGGCCAUGUGGAACCUGGUUCCUGGUUUCAGCCCUGCGGAUAAGCCGACGGCUCAGGGCAACAAGACGGAGGGAGGUGGCGGCAUCCUCAAGAGCAAGACUUUUUCAGUGGCCUACGUGCUGGUCGGGGCUGGCGUGAUGCUGCUGCUACUGUCCAUCUGCCUGAGCAUCCGGGACAAGAGGAGGCUGCGGCAGAGUGAGGAGCUGGCCCGAAUCCAGCAGCAGACGGGAACCGUGCCGCCCUCCCAAGAGGAAGACAGCCAGGAGGAGGAGGAGGAAGCCUCCUCACGGUACUACGUACCGAGCUACGAGGAAGUGAUGAACACGGGCUACCCGGAAACCAGGGGACAGGAGCACAACCCAAGACUGAGCAUCUCUCUCCCCUCCUAUGAGUCGCUAACCGGGUUGGACGAGGCAACCCCGACCAGCACCAGGGCCGAGACAGAGACCAGUCCAGGCCAUGCUCCCGACAGGCAAAACUCCAAGCUGGCCAAACGCCUGAAGCCACUCAAAGUCCGAAGGAUUAAAUCCGAAAAGCUUCACCUCAAAGACUUCAGGAUCACCCUCCCGGACAAGAACGUUCCUCCUCCCUCUAUCGAGCCUUUGACUCCUCCGCCGCAGUAUGAUGAGGUCCAGGCAAAGGCCCCCGAUGCCCGGCCACCCGAUUGAAAGACCCUCUGACUCCACUCCCUCCUGUCUCACCCUCCACACCAACAGACUUCGCCAAAGCCACUUCAGCCCCAGUCGAGGGGCCAAGGCACACUUAGCCACUGUGAUUGGGGAUUUUGGGUAGCGUUACAAAGAACGGUUCACGGAGCCCGGCAGAGUAGGGGCAUCAGAAGGAUGCUGGGACUUCGCGAUGCUCUGAACCAUAGCAAGGGGUGUGGCCUUGGCAAGGGGUGUGGCCUGUGGCAUCCCAGCAUCUUCCUCUCCCACUCAGGAUCGUUGCCCACACACCCCUCUCCUGAGCUGGCACAGGACCCCUAGUGACUCAUUUAGAUGGAUGUCGUCUCCUUUCGCUUUGACCACAGUUACUGUGUUUCAAAAGGAAACCGAGUUUUGUGCUGGCUUUCUUCACUGGAGCCUUGACCCAGUGGAGAACAGGGCUCAGCCUUGGCCAAAAGGACCUGGGACUGUCUUGUGAAUAAAAUGAUGGGCGUGUGGGGGUGAGCUGUGGGGGAGGUCCCUAGGGGCCCUGGGUGCUGCCGGUUCUUUGAAGGUCUAAGGCCUGAUGACCUUCAGCAUGCGACACAGAAGAGGAUGGUCUGAUUCGGUACACUGCUCUCCCGUGGGUAACGAAAGGCAGGAGAGGAAGUCGCCACUCCAUGCCUUCUCAAACGCCAUGCAGCUGGGCAUUUUAUAAUAAAGUGUUUUAUAUGUAGCA